UAAACUUCAUACAAAUUGCUACCUAGCUCAAAAAAAACCACCUCCAAAAAUCCUCAUGGCCACCACCGAUAAGCAUACCCCAGAAGCUGCACUAUAUACCACAGCACCACCGGCAGCACGUCGGGAGUAUGUCGGUGUUGAUGUCGGUCUUAGGGUUUUUCUGUUUGCAACUACCCUAACUGGGAUUAUUGUCAUGUCUACUGCCAAGCAAACGGUGUUGACUCCGGUGCCCGGAGUGCCUGGUCUUGUAGUGCCUAUCGAAGCAAAAUUUGAUAAUUCGCCGGCAUUCCUAUACUAUUUAGCAGCAUUAUCAGUAGCUUGCCUAUACAGUAUCAUCACAACACUGGCAUCUCUUGGGGUCAUUGCUAAGCCAACUUAUGCAGCAAAAUUCUUGUUCUAUUAUGCAAUUUGGGAUGUGCUGAUCAUGGGGCUCGUAGUCGCGGCGACGGGUUCUGCCGGAGCGGUAGCAUAUGUUGGGUUGAAGGGAAAUAAGCAUACAGGAUGGGGGAAGGUGUGCCAUGUUUACGGAACAUUCUGCAAGCACAUAGGAAGUGCAGUUGCAAUGUCAUUGAUUUCAUCAAUAGUGCUUGUUUUGCUCAUUAUGGUUUCAAUUUGGUCCCUCUACAUUAGGGCUCGUAAAGCACAAUAGACACAUUUCAAGCUCUUUAAUUACAUGUCUAAUUCUUUGUGGCCGCCUCAAUGAUCUUUUUAAGUAGUGUUGUUGUGUGUUCAGUUCAGUGUAAAACCUAGAGGUUUCUUUGAUUGUAAAGUGUAAGUUCUGUUCCUAAGAGUUUGAUUUUAUUUGUUUAUAGAUUCCACUUAAUUUCUUAAA